AUGACCUACAGAGAAUUAGUCCCUACAGUUGAAGAUCAUAACGCUGGACAUGUAAUCGGAUUUAUAAUCGGGUUGUUAUAUAUGUUUGCUUUUGUAUAUUACAUUUAUAAGAAGUAUUUGUCAAAUUUGUUUGAAGACUUUAUGAGUUUGUUAGAUGAUAAAGAAUAUGAAGAAACAUAUAGACCUAUACUAUAUAGUUUACUAAACUCAAUGCAAUAUUUGAUUUUAUGUUUUUAUUCAACAUUUAGCAGUAAGUCUGAUUUGGGGGUAUCAGUAAUUAUUGGAUCAGAUGCCUUUAGUAUAUUAUUCAUUUUUGGUUUAAUUCUAAUUAAAUUUCCUAAUUCGCAUCAUGGAGUCUUGGACACAUGGACGACAUUAAGAGAUUGUGUUAUUUAUAUAGUUGGAUUGCUUGUGAUGUUGCUGUGUCUUUAUUACGAGUGGGCUAAGAUAGGAACAGCCUUGGUUCUACUUGUUUAUUACAUAUUAGAUUUGAUUGUUUUAGCAGGGAAUUAUGAAAUAAAAGAAAAAAUAAUGGAAUGGCUGACCCUCAAUAAUGAAGAUAAUGAAUUCAAUUCAGAUUAGCAUUUAGAAUACAAAAGACGAAGAUAUUCAGUAACACAGCUGAGAGAUGCAGGGAUGGUUGAUCUCAAAGAUUAAAGUUUACAAAAAAAGAUAAACACUUUUGAAGCUAUCUUGGUAAUCAAAUAUGGAUAACAAAAUCCUUAAGAGAAGAGAAUUAGAUAAAGGUUUGGAUCAAUUGUAUAUGCUAUUAUAUUUUCAAUCAGAAAUUCAAUCAAAUCUGAAAUUCAAAAGCGAUCAGAAUUUUACUAAAACCUUAACAAACCAAAAUAGAAGUAAAGAUAAUAACUAAAUGAUGAAUAACCUCAAAGUGCAAUAAAAUAAAGAAAUGAUUAACUAAGAUAUAUGAUCAAGAUGACAAUCCUUUAAUAGAUUCUAAUCCAAUGGAAUCUGUACACCAACCAAAUAAUUAAGAUUAAUAGCACUCCUAAAAUUAAAAUCCUGAUGACCAAAUGA